AGGACCAUGGCAAGCAACCAGGCUGGGCACGAAUCCUUGGUCGCCUGUCCCUACAAUCCUGCUCAUAUUGUGAAGAGAAGUCGCUAUCAGAUACACAUCGCCAAGUGCAAAAUGGCUUACCCUGAAAAAAACAUGAAGCAAUGCCCAUUCUCAGCUGACCACGUUGUUCCUGCCACUGAGUUUAUGCGGCACACAUACACGUGCCCACUCAACAACACAAUCAGCUCUCUAGGCCACUCUACAGGGACCACGUCCAUGCUGCAGUUGGACACCGACUGGAGGAUUCCCUACCCUGCACUGAAAUAAAGCUGCUCCGUG